AUGCCCAGCCCAGGGUCUGGUCGACGCAAACAACGCAAUGCGGGACGUUCAUGUCUGGAUCGAGUCAAUAAAAAAAAACAAUGCAUCGUCACCAUCCGAAACAGAGAUGCCUUAUGCUGUGCCCGCGCUAUUGUCACCAUGCGUGCCCAUUGCCAUAAAGAUCAAGGUGUGGACGGGUUUCGCGACUGGGACAAUCUCAAACGUGGUCGUCCUGUGCAACAACGUCAAGCCCAGGCUCUACAUCAGCAAGCGGGAGUCGCUGAGGGUCCCUGUGGUUCACCCGAGCUUCGCCAGUUUCAACAAGCGUUGGGGUCUCAAUACCAACUUUUGGUGAUGACCCGGAUGAAACCGUUUUUUCUGAUCUUCAAAGGCCCCGACGCCCCUCAUCAGAUUCGUUUACUUAAAUCCAAUGAUCAUUUUGAUGGCUGUACGUCCUUUCCCGCGUUUGUCAACCGCUCCUAUUAUUGUCUGGACUGUGAACGGGGGUUCAACACCAACGAUCGGACCCAUCACACUUGUCAAGGGAGACACUGCUGCGCUUGCGGGCGCUUUGAUUGUCCAGAUUAUGUGCGGGGCACCCGCCCCACUGAGUAUUGCAGUCUGUGUCACCGCAAGUUUUACGGUGGUCAAUGCAAACGUUAUCAUGAAGUCAGCAAGCAAUGUCAAUCCAUCAAAAGCUGUCUCAAGUGUCAAGCCCAGUACACGGUCGUCCCUAACAGACGUCACCAGUGCGGGUACGCCAAAUGUCUCUUAUGUCGGGAAUGGGUGCCCAUCCAGGACCACAAAUGUUACAUUCAACCCGUAAAAGAGAAUGAGGAGACUGAACCAACAGAGGAGGGGGGAGGUAGCAUGGUGGCGCCACCCCCUCCCCUGUUUGUUUACGCCGAUUUUGAAGCCAUGCAGAAUGCGGAAGGC